UAAAGUGUGUAUAAAAAUGGAAAACAAGUGGAUAAAAAGUUGCAAUUUAUGUCUGGCUGACCGGGCGUCUGGGUCUGGUGUUACUCCUAUGAUGGGGGAAUUAGUUAUAAGAAAAAAAGACAAAUAUUUUGAAGCGUUUCGUCUAUGGUCUCUGUUAGUACUGCCCUGGUUGAAAACGGAGGAAAAUCUCUGGCAUUUUGAUCGCCGGCGUAGUAAAAGGAAAAGCCAUGAGAUAUAAGUUUCUGGGCAGUAUGAAAAAAACAGGCUUACGAGAGACGACUAGGAAAGACAGCAUUAAUCACUCCAAGACUUCCAGAUGUCUUAGCUUCACGGCUUCCCGAGAUUGGUAUUACCGUUAUUUCUUCGCGUUUUCCGGCCUCCGUUCCGUCACCACCGACUUCGGCGACGGCACCAAAAUGCAUUGUUGGGUGCCGAAGGUUCAGAAGCCAGACAAGCCUAACCUCCUCCUCCUUCAUGGCUUCGGAGCCAACGCGAUGUGGCAGUACGGCGAUAUCCUCCGCCACUUCAUCCCCCGCUUCAAUGUCUACGUGCCGGACCUCCUCUUCUUCGGCGGAUCCUCCACCACGCGCCCCGAGAGGACGGAGGAGUUCCAGGCCCGGUGCGUCAAGAGAUUGAUGGAGGCUCAUGGCGUGGAGGAGAUGAGCCUGGUGGGAAUAAGCUACGGCGGAUUUGUCGGUUACAGCCUGGCCGCGCAGUUCCCCCGGGCCGUCGAGAGGGUUGUGCUAUGUUGCGCCGGUGUUUGCGUGGAGCAGAAGGAUAUGGAGAAUGGAUUGUUUCAGGUGGCGGACUUGGACGAGGCCGCCUCCAUUCUGAUGCCGCAAACGCCCGAUAAGCUCAGGGAACUGAUGCGCUUUUCGUUUGUUAAGCCUAUCAAAGUCAUCCCUUCAUACUUCCUCACCGAUUUUAUCGAUGUGAUGUGUUCUGAUUAUAUAAUAGAGAAGACACAACUCAUCCAUACUAUUCUUGAAGACAGACACUUCUGCAAUCUUCCAAAGAUUAAACAGAGGACAUUGAUCAUAUGGGGAGACCAGGAUCAGAUCUUCCCUCUGGAGUUGGGGUACAGGCUUCAAAGGCACAUUGGAGAAGAAGCUGACUUAGUAGUGAUAAAGAAUGCAGGGCAUGCUGUGAACCUGGAGAAGACCAAUGAGUUUGUCAAACACUUGAAGGCAUUCCUUUAUGAAUCUUUGUCCGAUUAGAUGAAACCCAACAUCUAUUACCUUCUGUAUAGUAUGGAAUAUUACAUUGUAUUGUUUGUGUGUGGUUAAUGAUCAAAAUGGUCGUAAACUGACUCUCUGUUUUUGUGUUCAUAGCAUUGAUGCUUAAUGAGAAAUAUAUCUGGAAAAUUAUAGGAGUGUACAGAGAAUAUUAUCAUCUUUUAUUUCUUGUUGAUGAGGCCAGGAAUCAAUGGGGGUGUCUCUGGAUGCUAUCCUCCAAACUUAUCUUUCAGCUGCACACACUGUCGAAGUUACAGAUUCAACUUCUGGUUGAUGUCAAAAUCUUGGGAAGAUGAUAAAACAGUGUCCUGUGCAUUAUAAGGAAAACUAUGAUUGAGAGAAGGCAGUGGUGGUUUAUACCCUGAUCUUUUUAGUGUCUAAUUUGACGCGACUCAAUGGUGGUUGUCUGCAUAUUAGCUCAUUCAUGUGUGAAUCAUAUGGGUGGAAAUAGAGCUUAAUACCUGUUCCAAUUUGCGGUUGAAGAGAUUGAGAGAAGGCAGGCAUCUUCCUCUAUUGGCAGCUACAAUUGACUGGUGCAUAUAAUUCAGCAACCCACCAAGUUAGAGGCUGCUGAGCUCAGAAAGGAGCAAAUAAAAGAAGCGAAGAUGAAAUGUUACAGAUGUAUCUGCAGCCAUUUGAUGAUCUUCACAAGCACCAAAACAGAUUGCCUUUCCACCAAGUGUACCCUUGCUCAUAUGUACUCUUUGCGGUUGUAAACACGUGGUAAAUCAAGAAUGGUUCCACUGUGGCAGGCAUCAACAAUGGCAUGGAGUUUGAUUCCUUGUCUGAGUGGUCUAACGAUGAUGUCAUUGAUGGCAUUGUCUAGGAUCAUGCCUUCACUCUUGAAGUCAAGAGGACAGAUGGUUUCAUCGAAUCCAUCAAUCUCGUCUCCAUCAAAUUCAGGCUGUCUCAAUCCAUGCCCCGAGAAGUAAAACACCAGGGAGUCCCCUGGACGCAAGUUCUUCAUCAGCCACUUGAAUCCCUCCAGUAUAUUCUUCCUGGUUGGGGCCCUGUAUGGCUCUUCCUCUGCAAGAAUCAGAAUCGAAGCAGGCUGAAAGCUGAAAUGUUCAACCAGCAAAUCCCUCAUGUUCUUCACAUCUUGCAGGGUUCCUCUCAGCUUGAAUUUCUCCUUCUGGUAAGUCACUCCACAGAGAAGCGCCCGUUUCCCACUUGGAAGUUCCUCCCGGCUACUGAUCGACGAUAGGCUUGGCAUAAUGCUCAGACUACUGAGAGAUUUAAGGCCCCCUGAACUCUUCUUCAUCAAAAUAUUCCCAAACUUCCUUCUUCCAUAACUGGUAUUGCCUGGUUCUUGGAUUCCCCCUUGUCCAUCUCCAACUGACACUCUAUUCUGGCAAUUUCUGCAGUAAACUCCACCAUGGUUAUACACUGCCAGUUCCUGCUCACAGAUCUUGCAUGCUGCCAUUGCCUUGUACAUCAAUCUUUCUCAAUUAAACGCGUUAAGAUUCUUGAUUGGUUAGACACUGCAUUUAUUAGUUUUAAUGUAAUGCACGUAAGAUUAUUCGUGUAAUCUAACGAUUUAGACAAAACAAUAUUCUUCAUCCUAGUUUAUUGAUGAAGAUCAUGUCAUAAAGCUAAAGUGGAGUUGGAAUUAAAGCA